UUUAAUUGCUAUGUCAAUAUCAACUUAACCUUUUUGUUUGUUUAUUGUAGCCGGUGGUUUGACGAUAAUGCCUCUCAUUCAUCAAAUAAGAUGCUUGUUAGGCUUCUUAAAGAUUUACGCAACCGUUUUAGUGGGUUAAAAUGUUUAAAUCCAUGGAUGAUCGACUUAUUGGCUCAUCGUUCACUGUUAAACAACAAACAAACAUUACCCAUUCAGAUAGCAUACAGGAGAGUCAUACAGCUACUAGCCGGUGGACUAUUUCUUCCUGGUUCAGCUGGAAUAAUAGAUCCUUGUGAAAGUGGUAAUAUAAGAAUUCAAACCUUACUAUCAUUGGAACAACAAGACCUACUGUGCAUGACUGCACAACAUUUAGUUCGUGUGAUGGCUCAUGGUGGUUUUAUUGCUGUACUAAAUGGAAAUGAUAAUAUUCUAAAAUUGAAAUCUAUUAACGGUAUUGUUUUUGAAGACUUGCAAAAGGCAUAUGAAAAACAAGAAGAGAUGGUAGAAGAUGUGGAUGCUACAAAUGCAGAAAAUGAAGAGAUAGCAAUGGAGAGCACAUAAGUCAAUAAUUAUAAUUUAGUUUUUUUUUUUUUAAUUGUGAUUUUCGUGUAUAUAUUUAAUGUUUGUGUGUGUGCAUAUUUAAUACAUUUUCUGUUUUUCAACUCAUUAGGAAAUUAUUAAUACGAUAUAUUAUAUUUGUACAUUUAAGAACCUCUUGUUAUGUAACUCUUUCAUUAAAUAAAUUUCUUUUAAGAUAUAACAGUUUUCAAACAAAAUUUUUUUAUUAAAUGUAUUAUAAAAACAAGAGUAAUAUAACAUAAUAUUUAAAAUGUGAUUAGUGACUAGAUUUAAUGACUAGAUUAGUGUUUUCAGGCAAUAUAAUUUAAGGCAAGUAAUAUUAUUACAGUAUUAAUAUACAUAAUAUAAAAAAAAGAACAAUAAUAAUAAUUUAUUGACUACCUCCUAUGAGCUAAUUGUAAUACAGUUAUUUCAUUAAUUCAUGGAACAAUGAAAUAUUUAAUUAUACUAGCAUAAAAUUCACCUGAACUGGUGGUUUGUAUGUUGAAUUCCAUUCAGUAUUUGUCUAAUAUUUUUCCUUUUUUAUAAUACACAUUUCGAGUACACUUGUUGACUCGAUUAAUUCCAUCUAGUGUAUAAUACAUUUAUACCAGAAUAAACUGAAACAAGCAAUAAUAUUCAUUUAUCAAUG